UGUUUUUCUCUAUAGAGAGAGAGAGAGAGAGAGAGAGGCCUCGCUCCCGAAAAGUAAGAGGCUCAAAUAACAAGAUAUGGAUUCAGCUUCAGUUUCAGUUUCAGUUUCAGCAUCACAAAUUGCUGCGAAAUUGAAUCUGAAUUCCCACCCAGAAGGUGGGUUUUACUCAGAAACCUUCAGAGAUUCUUCCAUCAUUCUCCACACUUCUCAGCUUCCCUCCCAAUACAAGGUUGAUCGUCCUGUUAGUACCGCCAUUUACUUCUUGCUACCUUCCGGGAGUGUAUCACACCUUCAUCGUAUACCAUGCGCAGAAACCUGGCAUUUUUAUAUGGGUGAACCUAUUACAGUAAUGGAACUGAAUGAUAAAGAUGGUACUGUCAAGUUAACAUGCAUCGGAUCCAAUCCAAUGGUAGAAAAUCAGCACCUGCAGUACACGGUACCUCCAUACAUUUGGUUUGGUGCAUUUCCAACAAAGGACAUCGACAUUGACUCAGUAAGUGGAGCAGCAGUCAAAACUCCACCGAGGGAUGGUGAGGAGCACUUUUCCCUGGUAGGAUGCACCUGUGCUCCAGCCUUCCAGUUCGAGGAUUUUGAACUGGCAAAACGCUCUGAGCUUGUUUCACACUUUCCGAAAUAUGAAUCUCUCAUUAAGUUGCUCACCUAUGCUGAGUGACUGAGAGUUAAUUUGUUUGAACUUUACAGGGGAUAUGUUUUUUAAUAUAAAAAAAAUUAGACAUUUCCACAGUUCAAACUGGUUGAGCUAUGAGCUGUUUAAACUCCAUACUGUAAUAGGACCCUUACGGUUGGGAGCGUUUUAAAAUUUCUUUUCUUGCUUAAUCUGUGUUUGGUUCAACUAAAUUAUGUUUGUGACCAUUGUAAUGGUUAUAAAUGUUUUGUUUUUUUCCUUCUUCCAAAAUCUUUGGUGCUAUCAUGACGGCAUCUUGUGUU